AUGGCUUUCAUUGAAGCACCCGCCCCCUUGGAAUCGACUCCCAUGGAUUUAAAGACGGCUUCUUUAGCCGACCAAGUACCCGCGAACGACGCCCGAGGAGAUGGCGCGGAAAGACAGUACUUUAUUUCGCUGUCUGUGAAAUUUCUCUGGAUGAAUGUUUCAUUGUCUAUGUUGAUGCAUGAAAGAAGUUCAACAUCAACACCGACGCCCUUGCCACCGGUCAAUCCAUUUGCCAUAUCCGCAAUAAUCUUGGAAGUUUCCGAGGUGGUUUCCGAACCCUUGAGCGAGGCUUGA